ACUAUUCAUCACUCUCACUUUAGUGAUCCAUUUAUCACCUUUAUAUUUCAGGCUGGAAGAAUCAUUGCAAAUUUGAUUGUGGUGGGCUCUGGAGUUUUGGGAGGGCCUGCUCAGGCAUAUCGUCAAGCGCUUCAAAAUGCUUCGAGGAAUGGCGUUGCACAUGAAGCAGUACAGAGCAUGAAGAAAGUCAGCAAGACGAUGACUGAGUCAGAGGCAAGACAGAUUCUUGGAGUGUCUGAAAAUGCACCAUAG